AUGGCUAUAUGUAAAGGCAAAUAUAAAAAUGCAGGUUCAACCAGUGACCAGUUAUUAUUUCAGAAUUGUUGUGAGUCUACUGAGUAUUUAAAUUUGUAUUUUAAAGAUUUAAAAGAUUAUUUAAUUAGAUAUAAUAAAUUCGAAGAAUUAUAUAAUUAUUGUUAUAAUGUUUUAACCAAUGUACAAAAUAAUUCUCCUUUAUCUAGAAUAACAUCCUUAAAAGUGGCUAACUUAGGUGUUAUUAUUAACGAAAAGAAUGUUUCUUAUCUUGUGAAUAAGGAUAUAUUAAAAUACGCAUAUAAAAUAUUAAAAAGAAAUAAAGAAGGAAAAAAUAAAAAAUUUGCAACUUAUUUUGGCGAUAUAACAAAUAUUGAACGAAAUAUUUUAUCACGAGAAUGUGAAUAUUUAUUUAGAAAUCUUAGUCAUAUAAAUAUAGUAAAAAAUACGAAAGAAGAAAAAUAUAUUAAUAAUUUGAAAAAUAAAAUAGAAAAAAAUAAAAUUUCCAUACCUCAAAAGGCAAAUGAUUCUUUAUCAUACGUACUCAUAUUAAGUGAUUUUAAUAAAUGUAAGAGGGAAAUAUUGGACUGCUUAGAUAACGAGUUUGUGAACCACAACAAACUUGAUAGUGUAUAUUCCUCAUAUGUCAUGCUUUUAAAAGAGUUGAAAGAAAAGACGGUGAAAUUUUUGCAAAAUGGAGAUUAUCAUCUAUAUUGCAAUUUUCAUGAUGAAAUACAAGAAGAACAUGAAAUUAACAUAAGAUAUGAGUCCUAUCUCGAAAGUUUCACAUCUAAUAAGAGUGAGAAAAAAGAAUUAAAACCUAUAAAUAAACAGAAUACAUUGAAGAGUGAAGGAGAGAAAAAAAAUAAGUUAAUGAAUGUAAAUUCUAAUGUAUCAUCCACAUGUACCGAAAAUAAUAAUGUAGAUGUUUUCUUUCCGAAAUGUCAUAAUAAUAAUGAAAUAUCUUUAAAAAAUAAUAAUAAUUCAAAUAAUUCAGAAAAUAAAAGUUUAUCAAAAAAUUUAUCUAGUACAUUUACUACAUUUGCCAUGUCACUUAACAAAAAAAUUUUUAACGAUAAAUCAGAUCAAAACGAAAAACAUGAUAAUGAAAAAGAUAAUUUAGACAUGUUAAAAAUAAAUGAACAAGGAAAAGCAGAUGAUAUAGAUAAAACAAAAAAAGAGAAAACCGAAGAAAACGAAAUAGAAAACAUUGACAAUGAAAAGAAAAAAGAUGAGCAAAUUGAAAAUAUAAAGAAACAAUCAUCAAAUAAAACGGUGGCCUUUAAAAUGGAUAAGGACGAUCCAAAUAAGAACCAACCAAAUGAUAAGACCAAGAAUAAAGAUAAUGGAAAUAAGGAAGGAGAAAGUUUUAAUAAAAUACAAAACGAAAUAAUCAAUGAAUUUAAUUCCUUUUUAAAUGAAGAAAAUGAUGUCAUGUAUUUUGAUAAAAUAAAUGGACAUAAAUAUCUGGAAUUUAAAAAUAAUGUGAGUGAUGGAAAUUCUGCGUUGUGGGAAAAUUUAAUUAAGAAAAGUAAUUUUUAUCAAAUCAAAGAGGAUUUUGAAAAUUAUAAUAAAAUUAUGAAACAACAAGAAGAAAAUGAACAUGAUAAAGGAAAUGAAGAAAAGACUUUAGGAGAUUUAUUAGGUAUGAAUAAAUAUGAAUCAAUAAAAAAUAAAAAUAUUAAAGAUCUAAAAAGUACUACACUCAAUACAGACGAUUUUUGUCAUAUCAUCAAAAAUUUUAAUAUUAAUAAUAUGAAUGGUCAUGUUAAUUUAGAAAAUUAUCCACUCAAUAUUAAUAAUAAAGAUAAUCAUUUUGUUGCCGAUAAUUUGGUUCAACCAACAAAUACACUUAAUGUAUUUCCAGAUACAAAUAUUAAACUGGAUAAUAAGCAAGAAGAAAAUGGUGCUUUGAAUCCUCUUAAUAAAUAUUUUACUAUGCAUGAUAAUAUAUAUUAUAUACAAAAGGCUAUACUUAAAAAUAAUUCGGUGCUUUAUAAGGACGACAAUAUUGAGAUAUCUCUAGAUCAAUAUUACUAUGACUUGAAUGGACUUGUGAAAAUUUUUUUAAAAAACAAAAAGAUAGUUAAUUGCUAUGAUGUUGAUAUACAAAUUUCAAACAAAAUGCUUUUUCCCUUAAAAAUGAAAUUUUUAAAUUUUGAAAAAACCUUGUCAAUGAAUUCGACAAAUUGUUAUGAAAUAGCUGUAAAGUGUUUACAUAUAUAUAAAGGAUUCCCCCUAAUAAAAGUGUCGUAUAGAAUGCAAGACAUGUUUAAGAAGACCAUCGAGUUAAGACUUCCUAUACCUAUAACGAAGUAUAUGAAGAAAAUGGAAAUUUCGAAAGAUGUGUUUAAUAAAUUCUGGAGUAAUAAUAAUUUUAAUGAAUAUAAAAAAGAAAAAAUUAUUAAUAAAAGUGAUAUAGUGGACAAUGAAUUGAUUGUUAUGGAUUCCUGUUUGGGUGGAGCCCUUGGAUUGUGUUACGUAGAAAAUAUGAUUUAUUUAUGUGGUUGUUACACUAACAGUUCUGCAGGUCACGAAAAUUAUUUUGUGCUUGUCGGUAUAGAGAUGAUAAAGAAAAAAUUGAGAAUCGUGUGUAAAUCAAAUAACCCUACCUUAUCAUCUGCUAUUUUAUUUUUAAUCGUGCUGAUGCACAAGAAACAUGAGACGUAA